UGAGAGCAGCCGAAGAUGGCGGCGCCGCCUCAGCCACAGGCGCCGCCGCCUCAGCCACAGGCGCCCACGCAGCCGUCACUGCCGCUGCCGCUGGGCCAGGUGGGGCCUUCCGCCGCAGCCGGGGCGGCGGCGGGAGGGCAGCAGGCCGCGGCGGGAGCGCCCCAGCUGGCCGCGGGCCCGGCACCCUCGGGCAUGCAGGUGGCCGCGCAGGCGCAGGACUUCGACCCGGUGCAGCGCUUCCGCCUCCUGCUGCCGCAGCUGAAGGAGAGCCUGCAGAACCUGAUGAAGUUGGCUGCUCAGAACUUCGUCCAGAACACCAACAUCGACAGCGGGCAGAAAAUUAGUGAAGUUCCAGUGCAGAGGGUAGACAAAAACCUUGAAGAAUUUUACGCCCUGUGUGACCAGCUGGAACUGUGCCUGCGCCUGGCCUACGAGUGCCUUUCCCAGAGCUUCGACAGCGCUAAGCACUCGCCCACCCUCGUGCCAACAGCCACCAAGCCCGACGCAGUCCAGGCAGAGAGUCUGCCUUACACCCAGUACCUCGGCAUGAUCAAGUCCCAGAUCUCAUGUGCCAAGGACAUCCACAACGCCCUCCUUGAGUGCUCCAACAAGAUCACGGGCAAGAUGCCCUCUCAGGGGGCCCUGUAGCCCGAGGGGCUCUCAGAACGCUCCUGGAUUCCGACCUGCUAGUGGAGGAGCCAGACGGGUAGGAAGGGGGCAGAGCCAGAGUCUGGGGUUCCAGUCUUGCCUUUGGUUCAUCUCUGUCUCGCUUUUCAGCCUUGGGGCCUACGCUGGGCGGUGUUCAGAUUCCUGAUGGGGUUUGCAGCAGCCACCGAGCAGUGAUAAUUCUGCCAACCGCAGGUCGCAGAGCUCUCCUGGAGCUGGCUGGCCAGUUUUUCCUAUUUCUGUUUUCAUUUUGGAGAAAGCAUCGUGAGGCCUGCCCCACAACAAUGACUCCCACACUGCUGGUGGUUUCAGAACUGGUUAUUUAAGAGAUCACUUAUCCCACAGGGGCUUCGGGCAGGUAGAGAAGGGCCAGAUGUCUUUCUUCUUAAUUUCCUGAAGGCGGAUCUGGGCACGAAUACAGAAUGCAGUGUUCUGUGGACCUUUGUUAUCAAAUGCGUGUCUGUAAAAAGACGGUUGCUCUGGGCUGAUGAGUAGGCUCCUAGAAGCGUAUCUUUCUUCGCUCACCUUUCUGUUAUACUUGAUAGAAGGCACUGCAACACAAUAAAAUCUGCCUAAUGAAUUUA